AUGACUUCCACUCGUGAAGCAUCGCAUGCUGGAAGUUGGUAUGAAUCUGAUGGAAAUUAUCUUGAUCAACAAUUAUCAACAUGGCUUACAGAAGCGAAUAAUAGUGCGAAUAAUCGAUUAAAAGCUCGAGCUAUUAUUGCUCCUCAUGCUGGAUAUAGUUAUAGUGGACCAACAGCUGCAUAUGCAUAUAAAUAUAUUGAUCCAACAGAUAUUGAUCGUGUGUUUCUUCUUGGUCCAUCACAUCAUUAUAGUUUAAAUACAUGUGCAUUAACUAAUCAUACACAUUAUGAAACACCAUUGUAUAAUAUUAAAAUUGAUACACAAGUAUCAAAUGAACUUUAUAAAACAGGUCUUUUUUCUCUUAUGAAUAAACAACAAGAUUCUGAUGAACAUUCAUUAGAAAUGCAUUUACCAUAUAUUGCAAAAAUUUUUGAAAAGUAA